AUGACCACCCUGAAGGAACUUAACGGCCGCCUCAGCUCCCAGCCAUACGUCUCGGGCUACUGCCCCAGCCAGGAAGACGCGAAGAUAUUCGCUGAGAUGUUCGGCUCGUGCACUGCUGUGGCUGAGUGGGCCGCACGUAUGGCUUCGUACUAUCAAGCGGAGCGCGAACAGAUCCUCAAGGGCACCACAUCCUCCUCAAAGAAGGCCGCUGCUGCUGAAGACGAAGACAUUGACCUUUUCGGGGAAGCGACGGAGGAGGAGACAGCUGCUCUUGAGGCCAAGAAGAAGAAGGACGCUGACGCCAAGAAGGCAAAGAAGGAGGUUAUCGCCAAAUCCUCCAUUCUGUUUGACGUCAAGCCGUGGGACGACACCGUGGAUUUGCAGGCGCUGGCGGAUAAGCUGCACGCCGUUAAGCGCGACGGCCUGCUGUGGGGCGACCACAAGCUGGUGCCUGUGGCAUUCGGCGUGAAGAAGCUGCAGCAGCUUAUCGUCAUUGAGGACGACAAGGUCUCCAGUGAUGAUUUGGAGGAAUUGAUCAUGUCGUUUGAGGAAGAAGUGCAGUCCAUGGACAUUGUCGCCUGGAAUAAGAUCUGA